CUCUGCCGAAAACCUCGAAACCGUUUGUGCAGUCGCUAAAAUGGCUACCCUUUGAUCACUCACUCACGCGCUCACGCACAAACGCACUCUCUCACUCACACAGAGUCGAAUUUCUCAGCAGAUAGAAAAACUGAGAAAAAUCGAUGAAUCUCCGGCCAAGAGAAAGGCAACCAUUUUCCGGGUUCACAAAAGCCGAGGUUCGAAAAAUGGAGAAAUUACUUAACGAGUCUAAAGAACAAUCUCUGGACGAGGAUUUCUUUAAGAUUUUGGCACGAAUUUUCAACCGUUCCAGUAAUCGAGCGGGAAAACCUCUUUUGAAAUGGACCGAGAUAAAAAAUUGGUUUAGUAAGAAUAAAACGGACCGUCGCUCGAAAGAUACCGAGGAGUUACCUGUUGAACCGGAAGCAGUUUCUCGGAAUAAAUCAAUUGAAACUACGGAAGGUGUGAAGGGUCACGAUAUAUCCAAUUUAGAGUUUGAAGCGAGAUCGUCGGUAGAUGGGGCAUGGUAUGACGUUGAUACGUUUCUUUCACACAGAUUCCUCGAUUCCGGAAAAAUUGAGGCUCGUGUAAGAUAUGUCGGUUUUGGAGCAGAGGAAGAUGAAUGGGUGAAUGUAAGAGAAAACGUGAGGCAACGUUCAGUUGCUUUGGAACAUUCCGAAUGCCAAAAAGUGAACGUUGGGGAUUUAGUAGUGUGCUUUCAGGAGAGACAAGAUCAAGCAAGAUACUUUGAUGCUCAUGUAAUCGACAUCCAAAGAAGAUUGCACGAUAUAAGAGGUUGCAGGUGUCUUUUCUUGAUUAGUUACGAUCACGAUAAUUCACAGGAAAGGGUGCAGUUGGGGAGAUUAUGCUGCCGGCCUAACCUGUUACUCCGGUUGGAAAAUAAUUAGCUCGUUGUAUAUAAUAAGCUCGUCUACAAAAGUCGUCUGCCUUAAAAUCUGUAUUUUUUUUAAAUUUUAUUUCGAUAGGUGAGAAAAUGAUUAGUGGGCAGUUAUAUUUAUCGAAUCGAAAGCAUCGUAUGCUCGGUUUUUUUGGUAAUGGUUACUUCGAUUUUUAAUGCAGAUUCUUUAUGAAAGC